AUGUUCAGACCUUUUGUCUUCUGUUUGCAUCUGGCCGUUUUAUUUAUUUUAUACUUAGGCUUCCAAAAUGUCUUCCUCGAUGUUGAGAAGAAUGAUUGCCAGAUGACAUACAUGUUUCAAGAGCCCUUGUAUAUUAAAGUGAAGUUAGAUGCUUCCUUGAAGUUGAAUUACCCCAACUACAAUUUGUACUAUUAUAAUGAGGGAUCCAGUCAUAUUAGUUUGAAUGGCGUCCCAGCUCUCUUUAUCCCUGGAAAUGCUGGAAGCUACAGACAAGUCAGAUCGCUGGGAUCCGUGGCAUUAAGAAUGGCAGAAAAUAUACCAAAGAAAAACAAAAUUGAUUUUUUUGCCAUAGAUUUCAAUGAGGAGUUGUCAGGAUUUUUUGGAGGUUUCCUUGAGAAGCAAAGUGAAUUUGCUUUUCUAUGUGUGGAUCACAUUUUGUCUAUAUACAACAGGACGAAAAACAACAAGCAGUCAUCCAUGUUUAUUGUUGGACAUUCUAUGGGUGGUUUGGUAGGUAGGGCCCUGUUCAAGUACGGGAUCAAUGAUGACAAAGUUCCAGUCAUCAUCACCCAGGCUUCACCUCACCAGAUGCCCGUCCUGUUGGUUGAUGAAGAGAUGAAGCGGUUCCAUCAGAGUCUGUACUACCCGACGACAACAGAGAACAUGCCCAAUGUGACGUUGGUGUCAACAGGUGGAGGAAGUAGAGACUUCCUGGUCAGGAUGGCAGCUACCAGACCGGGGAAAUUAUUUGGAAACAUCAUAAGUACAUCAGUGAGUGCUGCUCUCGUUGCCGUUUUUACAUUUUCAAUUUUCAAUUAUUUUUCUGGUGUCGGUUUCUUGGAAAGAGAGAUUAAUACAGUCUCCAUGCCAAAAGCCUGGGUUUCAACUGAUCAUCUAUGUCAUGUUUGGUGCAAGCAGGUUGUCAUGGCAACGGUGAGGGCCAUGUAUGACUGCGUUGACGAGAGUACAAAACAGAUAACUAAGAGUCCACCCUUGAGACACGAGGUUCUGAAGUACCACUUUGUAGAGAACAGAGGACCGAAGCAUUAUACCACUUCCUUUCCAUCUAACUUCAAAUUGAAUAAGUUAUCAAUUGAGUGGAAGGAAGUUAACAUGCCAUGGAAGUUUUAUGGAUCAGUGGAAAAAUCCAUGCAUGCUGCAUUCAACGUUAAGACCCUGGUCUAUGAUGGAAAGAUAAUUGCCGUAUCCAAUCUUGAGUUUGUAGAUUGGGUUGGAGCCUGUUCUGUUAACUGUGAUGAGAUGAUUUCAUUUAAAUCAAAGACCAUGCUUCUGCCCUCUGAGAAAGGUCAAUUUUUGAAGGUCGUCCAGCUGGACUACAACGAUUUGAGAACAUUCGAUUGGUUGGUCAUCACAAUUCCUGCCUCCAAUCAGAAUGAUAUACAAAUAGCGGUAGAGCACAUGAACCCCAGACAACGGACUCUCACAAAAGUUGUUCCUUUCUUGUUGAAACCAUUCACUAAACACUUCUCACAACUUGCUGAUGGCAACAACAACAAUAAUGAGGAUAUUGUUAUAACGGAAACUACAUUCUCUAAGAAUUCCAUCUAUCACAAAUUGAAUAUGAAGGGGUUCUACGAUGUUUUGCAGGCAUUCCACGUUUCCAUUGAACCAGUUAACUGCGGUGCAACAACACAAGGACAUUCAGUUUUAAAGUUUCAGUCCCCAUGGAGUAAUGAUCCAACUUACACUGUUCUCAGAGACAAAUUAACUGAGGUGAACAUUAUGUUGUCAUCAAACGAACCACACAUGGAUAGCACGAACAGGCGGUCCAUCAAACAAACGACGCAACAACAUCAACAGCAACAACACUCUCCACCAUACUUGGAGCUGUACAUCGCCUCAUCUUGUUCAUACAGAAUGAAAGUUACCUUGUCCAAAUCAUCGAUGGCUGGACAGUUUGUCAGGUUCUAUAUGCACUACAUACCGUCAUUCCUAGUUGUUCAAGUGUUUCUUGUGUUCGGCAGACAGUUGAAAACUUUUCAAAGUGUGAUGCUGGAUGUGAACGUCUGCCUCUUCACCUGGUACCAUCCAUUCAGUGUCAUCCCACUCGUCGCCGCCGGCAGAUACCUCCUAAGGUUGAUCAGUCAGUUACUUGUAUACAUGGACUUUUGCAUUUUCACCUUUUAUGUGCACACGGACGACGAUGACAUCACUAUCCUGAAGCGGAAUGAUAUCUGGAACUCUGCAGUGCUUGUCAUCUUAUAUUUCGUCUCCAUGAUCCUGGUGUCUCUUCUAUCCUACAUCUGCCAAUUUGCACUUUACUUAUGUGCCAAAGUAAUGAACCCUGUCUGUAGAAGGUUAUACAGCAACAAGUUGGGCGUCUUUUUGAAGUGUCUAACUCUCACAUGUGCUGCAUUAUCAUCGUGGUUCGUGUGUGGAGCCUGUGGUCUUCUCUUCGUACUCAUUGUACAUCUGGCCAGGGUUUUUUCAAUGUAUUUAGAUACGCCAUCAGUGAAGUCAUUUCAGACCAUCAUGUACU